AUGUCUGACAAGGUCCAUUCUGCUUUGAUUGAGUGCAAACCGGUAAGCGACCGUAUGGCCUAUGCACGAUGUAAGGGUAAGUUCUGCAAUAUUUCGGUCAUCAGUGUCUAUGCUCCAACUCUAUCGGCAGAUGACCUUGAUAAAGAUAAGUUCUAUGCGGAACUUCAAUUAUUAACAAAGUCUCUACCAAAACAUGGUCAUAGUCAUAAUGUCGCUGCGAUGACCUCUACAACUGGCAAAUAUGGCAUCGUACAACGGUGCGUCAAUGAUAACGCCUUCUUCGUUAUGCCGAAGAGCAUGAAUUUUUUGUUACUAAUACUUCCUGCACCGUAG